AUGGACCCGCUAGCAAGGCUAAUGGAAGGCGCGCCGCUCCCGGGAGUGCUUGGGGCCACGAGGGACGCCAGGCCGCGCGGUGCUCUCGUGCACGCUAGCCUAGCAGCCGCACCCGCUAUAGGCGAUAAAAAAGGCAGGCAUCUCACAGGGACUUUCUGUCUCACCGGGGACACCAUGGAAGGAAUAAUCCAGUGUCUUGUUUUCCUCAAGGCUUUUUCGGUGCUGUUUGUAUAUUACUGGUGA